UCGGGGAAGGGCGGGCGGGGCCGCCUUUUCCCGGUCUCGCAGAGGCCCGAGCACCUGCGGGCGGCUGAGCGCUCUCCUGGCCAUGUCGGAGCCUCUGCCCGCCUUCCUCGACCGGCUGUGGGGGCCCUGGCUGGGUACUCGGACCCCGCCUCUGCGGGGGCUCAGCGCCGCCUCCCCUUCCAAGAGUUUUCUUGGAGGCUUUUUUGGACCCAUUUGUGAGAUCGAUGUUGUCCUUAAUGAUGGGGAAACCAGGAAAAUGGCCGAGAUGAAAACUGAAGAUGGCAAAGUAGAAAAACACUAUCUUUUCUAUGAUGGAGAAUCUGUUUCAGGAAAGGUAAACCUAGCCUUUAAGCAACCUGGAAAGAGGCUAGAGCACCAAGGAAUUAGAAUUGAAUUUGUAGGUCAAAUUGAACUUUUCAAUGACAAGAGUAAUACUCACGAAUUUGUAAACCUAGUGAAAGAACUAGCCUUGCCUGGAGAAUUGACUCAGAGCAGAAGUUAUGAUUUUGAAUUUAUGCAAGUUGAAAAGCCAUAUGAAUCUUACAUCGGUGCCAAUGUCCGCUUGAGGUAUUUUCUUAAAGUGACAAUAGUAAGAAGACUCACAGACUUGGUAAAAGAAUAUGAUCUUAUUGUUCACCAGCUUGCCACAUAUCCUGAUGUUAACAACUCUAUUAAGAUGGAAGUGGGCAUUGAAGAUUGUCUACACAUAGAAUUUGAAUAUAAUAAAUCAAAGUAUCAUUUAAAGGAUGUGAUUGUUGGGAAAAUUUACUUUUUAUUAGUAAGAAUAAAAAUCCAACAUAUGGAGUUGCAACUGAUCAAAAAAGAGAUCACAGGAAUUGGACCCAGUACCACCACAGAAACAGAAACAAUUGCUAAAUACGAAAUAAUGGAUGGUGCACCAGUAAAAGGUGAAUCAAUUCCAAUAAGAUUAUUUUUAGCGGGAUAUGACCCAACUCCAACAAUGAGAGAUGUGAACAAAAAAUUUUCAGUAAGGUACUUCUUGAAUCUAGUCCUUGUUGAUGAGGAAGACAGAAGGUAUUUCAAGCAGCAGGAGAUCAUUUUAUGGAGAAAAGCUCCUGAAAAAUUGAGGAAACAGAGAACAAACUUUCACCAGCGAUUUGAAUCACCAGACUCCCAGGCAUCUGCUGAACAGCCUGAAAUGUGAACUGAAUAGGAGAAAAAAAGAAAAACAAAAAACUCCUAUAUCCAUUGAGGUUAUGUUCAGCAGGUUAAAGAUGGUUGCAGCUUGUAGGGGGGAAAAGGCCAAAACUCCAUUUAUAAUAGUCUUCCUUUAUCUUACAGUGCUGCAUUUAUUUUAUGAUACAACUAAAUUUUCAUGUAUAUACAUUAAAAAAAAUGCUUUCUUUGAAACACUGGAACUUUCUUAAGCUGCCAUUUUUUUUCUUUUCUUUUUCUUUUUUUUACUGCACACUUUGAUUUGAUGAUAAGCACUCAGAUAUGCAUCAACAUAAACAUUAAAGAUUUUCACGUGAGUAGGCUGGUAUUUGUAAUUUGCUUUCUUCGUAAUGUUGAUUAUAAAUACUUUCUCCUUUUUCAUGCUAAUAAUUACCUCUUAUUCUCUACAUGCAAAAAAUUAAAUAUUUUGUGUUCAAAUAAAAAUAGAAAAAUUGAGUGGACCUUACAUCCUGCAAAGAUUUAAAACAUGGUGUCUCAGUAUUUUUGAGAACUACAUUUAUGUUUCUACAUGUGUGUUUGGGAAAGGCAUAUGGAGUGUUUCACCAUAGGUGCUUCUUAGUCUACUAUUCCAUGGCUUUCUGAAUUGUAUCCACUUUGAAGCCUUCUGUGGUGUGAAUGUUAAACUUAUUUCCCAGGAGAUUAUGUGGCAUCUCCCCGAAGCCUGCUUGCCUGCCUCCUUCCUUCCCCCCUUCCUUCCUUCCCCUCCCUUCCUUCCUUCCCCUCCCUUCCUUCCUUCCUUCCUUCCUGCCUUCCUUCCUCCCUCCCUCCCUCCCUGCCUCCCUCCCUCCCUUCCUUCCCUUCUUUCCUUUCUUUACCCUCCGCCCUUCCUCCCUUUCUUCCUAUUUAUCUCCCCCCCCUUAUCCCCCUCCCCCGCCUUCCUUCCUUCUUCCUUUUGCUUUCUUUUCUUUCCUCUUUUUCUUUUUUCUUUUCUUUUCUUUUCUUUUCUUUUCUUUUCUUUCUCUUUUUCUUUUUUGCCAUAUUAAGUAACUAUUUUUGCCUCUGCCAUCCAGCAGCUACCACUGUAUGUUUUCUGCAAUGUUGAGUUGACUCUUAUGUUGGCAUUUUAAAGUUUGUUAGAACUAUAUAAUUUUUCCGUAAAUACUUUGAAUUUUUUUUUUAAUUUAAGGCAUCUUUUUACCACAUAUAUACAAAUAGAAUAUUCUUGCCUUCACAAAUAUUCUCUUCCCUUCUAGGGGAAAAUUUGAGGAUAGGGAACUCAGGAGAACCUGUGAAGCAUGUAGUUAUCUAGAUCUGGACAAUUUCAUAUUCGGUAAGCUGGAACUUUGGCUAGUUCAAGCUCAGAUUUAAACUUCACCCACUCUGUUUAAAUUUUGUUAACACUAAAUUCAAGUCAUUAGUUCGAAGUCUCCAAAAAGAAGGUUUCAGUCAUCUGUUCAUAUGCAUGGGAUCUGAGCUCAGAUACACUAAAUGGGGUGUAGGAACUAAAAUGAAGCCUGCUGUGUGAAACUACUUUCACAUAGGGUUCACUGGUUUUUGUACCAAUAUUUUUUUAUACACUUCAGCGCAAGUCUUGUCAGUUAACCUUACUUUAUGAGUAAGCUAAGUAACCUAAAUUACAUUUCUUUAAACCUGUUUACUACUGUGGCACUUUGUUGAUAAAAUGGUCAGUAACCAACUUCUUUACUGGCAAAAGGUUCCAUGUACCAUGUGCUGGAGCAUCUAUUUUAAAUGUGGCUCUCUGUGAAUGGUAAUGUUUUCCUUCAUGUAAGUGCCUGUUCAGAGUUUCAAAAUUUAAAAAUGCCAAAUAUUUUCAUGGUCACUUGCAUGUAGUAAUUAGGGAAUAUUCGAAGAAAUUUUGAAAACCAAUUGUAUUUAACCAGCCUCAAAUUGUGCAACCAUGAUGUAUAAUAAAGAAUUUGAAAUGAUA